CCUACCGAAACAACCCACGAAGUGUUCCUUGCAGGUCCGCUAUGGUCAUCGGCAGAAAUGAAGAUGUAUGUAAGUUUCUUAGCCAGAGGCGUAUGAGUAAGACGUCGCAUUCGCCUUUUAUGUAAUGCGGCUUAUGCUGAAAGGCAUCUCAUUAGAAUUAUUACUAUCCUGCCCUGAGUCGAGGCUUCAGAAAGAGCCAGGCGACACCAGCCUGUAGAUUAACGACAUUCCCCGAACAGAUGGAGGCACUGUUAGAUCGAUGGCUGUGGUGGCACGAGUACUGGCUCCCCCCGGGCAUCACCUGGGAUGACAUGGAGAUGGAGGGAGGCACCCCUCGGCCGCGAGACCUGCUCGCCACGCUUCCCCUGGCCCUGGGCUUCGUCGGCCUGCGUUUCGUCUUCGAGAGGGCAGUGGCACGGCCCCUGAGCGUGCAGCUGGGGGUGCGGGACCGGAUUCGGGUACGAGUCUCUCCUGUGUCUGAGCUGGAAUCCUUCUAUAAUCAAAACAGCCAUCAGCCUUCACAGAGCUCCAUCAUCAGCCUCAGUAAGAAGUGCGAUCUCACUCAGCGGCAAGUCGAGACAUGGUUCCGUCAUCGCAGGAAUCAGGACAGGCCGAGCAACACCAAGAAGUUCUGCGAAGCCUGCUGGAGGUUUGCUUUCUACCUCUUGGCGUUUUUUGUCGGUCUCGCAUCUUUGAUCAAUGCGCCUUGGCUUUGGGACCAGAGGGCAUGCUGGCACGGAUACCCAAAACAAUCCAUCGCAGAAGCUCACUACUGGUAUUACGCAAUGGAACUGGCCUUCUACUGGUCCCUCCUUCUCUGUGUCUCCGUGGAUGUGAAGAGGAAGGAUUUCAAAGAACAGAUCAUUCAUCAUGUGACCACCAUCUUCCUGAUUGGCUUCUCGUACUGUGCCAAUUACGUCCGUAUUGGGACACUGGUAUUGAUGAUUCACGACUCGACGGAUAUUCUCCUAGAGUCUGCCAAGAUGUUAAACUACGCUGGCUGGAAGAAGAUAUGUGACGUUUUGUUUGUCAUUUUUGCUGUGCUCUUCCUGGUGACCCGCCUCGUGCUGUUUCCCGGCAAGAUCAUCCAUGCGACGCUGGUCUUGUCUAUGGAGUUCUUCAAACCUUUCUUUGGCUAUUACUUCUUUAAUGUCCUUCUGCUGGUUCUCCAAGCGCUGCAUGUGUUCUGGGCCUGGCUCAUCCUGCGUAUGGUCUACAAAUUUAUCUUCCUGGGCAAGGUGAAGCGAGAUGAGCGCAGUGAUGAAGAGAGCUCUGAUGAAGAGGAUGAGAGGGCAGAUGAGGAAGAUGUGUCUGCCCGGAACGAAAGAGAGUGUGCCCUCAAAUCAAAGCUGACUGUCUUGUCCAAUUGUGUCCUCAACAAUUUCAGCAACAGGAGGAAGGGUUCUACCUGCACAAUGCCCAAGACCAGUUUCAGGACUAUGGAAAAACCCAACUGAAAUCAGGGAUUCUGGAACCAACUGUGGAAAAAACUCAGCCCUUCAUGUCAGCAAACAGACCCUCAGGACACAUGGACUGCAGAAUGGAAGGAAACCCUUAGUGCUUUGGAUGGGCAAACAGAGCAGCUCACAGGACAGUGCUUUGGUUCUUAUGUGAACCAAAUUGUACAUCCAUGGGAGUCGAGGAAGUCACACAUCUCUGAACUUCACUAGAGAAUUCAAACUGCAGAGAUGGACUGAUAACACAUUCUGAACGGCUAAUCCACUGAAUUUUCGAUCUGUGUCCAUUUUUCCCCCUUUCCAUACAUCCGUUGUACCCACUUGCCCUAGAUGGGUUUGCAGGGGUCCAGAACCUAUCCCAGAAACCACAGGUGCAGAGCAGAGAAUAACCCAGGAAGGGACGCUAACCCAUCACAGGACACAUUCAUCACACACAACCUUCACAACUACGGACAAUUUGACAACUCCAACUCUUCUUCCCAAUUUUCUGUAUGUGGACAUGAACUUGUCUUGCAGCAAAACCUUCUCUGCACUGUGACAUUCUAUGUGACUACAUAGAGACUAGGAAUCAUUCAGGUUUAUGUUCAGCUUUAUGAGCAAUAUAGACAGUUGGGAGUAUUCCUCCAGUGCACCAUAUCAUAAUCAUUUCAUGAGCCAAAUGAAAUUGUAACUGAAAUCAUUUAGUGCAAAGACAUUUUCUCCCUACUGUGUUUGCUGAAAGCCUGACGAGAUCCGGCAUUAUUCAUGUAAACACUCUGAAAUCCAACGUGAAUUUAACUCACUUCCUACCCCUCCGCCAUGUUGUUCUAUGGAUGCAUGUGCAGCAGUUAAAGCUGAAUUGGAAGAUUCAGCCCCAUUCUCGCCAGGGAUGUGUUCUGAAGAUGGAUGGAUGGAAUUUUUAUACACUUUGUAUUAUAAAAUCCAAAUUAAAUGCAUUGAAUUAA